AUGGUGGGGGACAACGGCACCGUGCAGGUCCUGGGCUCGCCACCCACCACCUGUGUCUACCGCGAGGACUUCAAGCGCCUGCUGCUGCCACCGGUGUACUCGAUGGUGCUGGCGGCCGGCCUGCCGCUGAACGCCUGCGUCAUCGCCCAGCUCUGCACGUCCCGCCGGGCGCUGACCCGCACCGCCGUGUACACCCUCAAUCUGGCCCUGGCCGACCUGCUGUACGCCUGCUCUCUGCCCCUGCUGAUCUACAACUACGCCCGCGGCGACCACUGGCCCUUCGGCGCGGUGCUCUGCAAGCUGGUGCGCUUCCUCUUCUACGCCAACCUGCACGGCAGCAUCCUCUUCCUCACGUGCAUCAGCUUCCAGCGUUACCUGGGCAUCUGCCACCCCCUGGCCCCCUGGCACAAGCGUGGGGGCCGGCGGGCUGCCUGGCUGGUGUGUGGCGCCAUCUGGCUGGCCGUGACAGCCCAGUGCCUGCCCACCGCCAUCUUCGCCGCCACAGGCAUCCAGCGGAACCGCACCGUCUGCUACGACCUGAGCCCGCCUGCCCUGGCCGCCCACUACCUGCCCUACGGCAUGGCCCUCACGGUCAUUGGCUUCCUGCUGCCCUUUGCCGCCCUGCUGGCCUGCUACUGUCGCCUGGCCCAGCGCCUGUGCCGCCAGGACGGCCCAGCAGGGCCCGUGGCCCAGGAGCGGCGUGACAAGGCGGCCCGCAUGGCUGUGGUGGUGGUGGCUGCCUUUGCCAUCAGCUUCCUGCCUUUCCACGUCACCAAGACAGCCUACCUGGCAGUACGCUCUGUGCCGGGUGUGCCGUGCCCGGUGCUGGAGGCCUUUGCUGCCGCCUACAAGGGCACGCGCCCCUUCGCCAGCGCCAACAGCGUGCUGGACCCCAUCCUCUUCUACUUCACCCAGAAGAAGUUCCGCCAGCGGCCGCAGGAGCUACUCCUGAAACUCAGGACCAAGUGGCAGAGGCAGGGCCGUGGGGUCCACUAG